UGAAGAUCAACUCAUCAAAUCGACAAUGCUAUCACUCAAACAUGUAACUAAACACAGAUUCAGAUCCAAAUCCCUUUUCUCUUCGAUUCCAAACACUUACCCUUGCACGUCACUUUCAGCAUCGUCGUCGUCGUCGUCGUCAUCGUCAUGUCCACCUUCAACCUCAAAUUACUUCCUCGGCACCCGAAACGACGUCGCUGCCUCGUUCAAAACCUGGUUCCGAACCCGUCACCGAAGCAAAGACCCACUCCUCCCUCGUAUCUACCAAAUCCUAUCUUCCGACACCGACGACUUCUCCGCCGCACUCUCCGCCCUCUCUCUUCCCCUUUGCGAACCCUUCGUCCUCCAAGUCCUCCGGCACGGCGGCGCCCAUGGCGACAUCCUCUCCUGCCUCAAGUUCUUCGACUGGGCCGGACGCCAACCGGGUUACCACCACACACGCGCCACAUUCGUCGCUAUCUUCCGCAUUCUCUCGCGCGCCAACCUCAGGCCUCUUAUUCUCGACUUCCUUCACUCCUUCAGAAAGCGCAUCUUCGCCCACCGUGUUCGCUUCGACGACACGCUCGUCGUUGGCUACUCCAUUGCUGGGAAACCCGAGGUUGCGCUCCACCUGUUUGGUAGAAUGCGCUUUCAUGGUUUGGACUUGGAUUGUUUUGCUUACCAUGUUCUGUUGAAUGCCCUUGUUGAAAAGAAUUAUUGUAAUGCGUUUGAUUCGAUUGUUAAGCAGAUUCGCAUGAAGGGUUAUGAGAAUCAUGCCACCAAUGUGAUUGUUGUUAAGUGUUUGUGUAGGCAGGGUAGGUUAGAGGAGGCUGAGGCUUUUCUUAAUGAGUUGAUGUGUCGCGGGGUGGAGUUGCAGGGGCUGGAGGUGAGUUAUCUUGUUGGGUCAUUGUGUGAGAGUAAUAGGUUUGAGCGUGCAAUUGAGUUGGUUAGGCAGUUUGGGAUGUCUGGGUUGGUUCCCUUGGAGCAUGUGUAUGGGAUGUGGAUAAAGGGUCUUGUUAAAGGUGGGAGAGUGGACGAGGCAUUGGAGUUUUUUAUGAAAAAGAAAGGGUCUGAAGGGUAUAUUCUGGGCACCAUUCGGUAUAAUGUUUUGAUUUGGAGGCUUUUGAGAGAGAAUCGGCUACGCCAAGUGUAUGAUUUGUUGAUGGAUAUGAAUGAGAGUUGCAUUCCGCCUGAUGUGGUUACCAUGAAUGCUGUCUUGUGCUUCUUUUGCAAAGUAGGGAUGGUGGAUGUUGCGCUCGAGCUGUAUAAUUCGAGGUCUCAGUAUGGGAUGUCCCUCAGUCACAUGGCUUACAAGUAUUUGAUUCUUACUUUGUGUUGGGAUGGGAGCACUAGGGAAGCGUACAGUGUUUUGAGGAACUCUGUUGAUCAGGGUUAUUUUCCUGAUAAGCAAACCUUUGCUACGCUUGCCAAUGCUUUGUGUCAAGAGUGCAUGGUAGACGAGAUGAAGGAGUUGCUCUGUCUUGCCUGGGGGCGGAAUUUUAUGCCUACGGCUACCAUAUAUGACAAGUUCAUAUUGGCUCUGUGCCGGGCUGGAAGAGUAGAAGAUGGUUAUUUGAUACAAGGGGAAAUUAACAAUAUUGCUACCAGUGUGUCCUAUGUUAAGAUGGCUAUGGGUUUUAUUAAGUUAAAUAGGGGAGAUAUUGCUGCUCGUAUUCUUGUUGAAAUGAAAGGCAAGGGUCAUAAGCUGAAAUCUUCUUUAUGUAGAGCUGUAAUUGGUUGUUUACUUGAAAUGGAUAAUCCAAGAGCACAAGUUUUCAAUUUACUGGAGAUGCUGACUCAAAGUGAACCUCGUCAUGAGAUUUACCACUUUUUCAUUGACGGAGUUGGGCAUGCUAUGAAGGCUGAGUUGGCUAGGGAAGUGUUUGAAUUGAUGCAAAGGAAUGGCAUUGAACCCAAUUUGUCUUCUCAUAUUUUAAUGCUUAAAAGUUAUAUGAAAAGUGGAAGAAUUUCUGAUGCUCUGAAUUAUUUUAAUAAUCUCCAGAGCCAAGGUAUUGUGGGUAAAAAGUUAUAUAACUCCUUGAUUGUUGGUCUCUGUAAGUCCAAUAGACCAGGUGUUGCACUUGGGUUAUUGUUCGACAUGUUAAGAGCUGGAUUGAAUCCAAGCGUGGAAUGCUAUGAGGAUAUUGUGCAGAAGUUUUGCUCAUUGAAAAGAUAUCAUGAAGCAUUACAUCUUGUUUAUCUAUAUGAGAAAAUUGGACGUCAAAUAACUUCUUUUAUCGGCAACGUACUUCUUUUUCAUUCUUUUAUAUCACCGCAAUUUUAUGAUAUAUAUGUUCAUAACAGAGGACUGAGGCACGGGGAAUUUUCUGGUAAUUCAACAUUUAGUUUGGUAAUUGGUGCUUUUUCUGGUCGUCUCAGAGUAAGCCAUAGUAUUGAGGACUUGGAAAAAUUAAUAGCAACAUGCUUUCGACUGGACAUUUACACCUACAAUCUAUUGCUGAGAAAAGCAACCAUCAGUGAUAUGGACCAAGCUCGUGAGUUGUUUGAUCGGAUAUGUCAAAAGGGUUAUGAGCCUAAUUGUUGGACAUAUGAUAUCAUGGUACAUGGUUUCACAAAACAAGGGAGGAAAGAUGAGGCUAAGCAGUGGGUUGAAGAAAUGUUCCGUAAAGGAUUUUAUCAUAGAAAGUAAUAGAAUUCAUCCAAGGAUAUUCAGUCAAUGUGAAAUCAAUACGUUAAAGAUGCAAAAUGGUUCACACAAUUUUGUUUUUUGAACCGGUCACUAGUUGAGUUGUUUGCCAAGAAAUCAAUUGAUGGCCUCUCUCUUCUAUAUUUCCAGUCAUCUGCCAUGAUCUAACAUCCUAUG